AUGGCAAUAGAACGUCGCAGCCGGUGGUCGGUGUGCAAAAACAUAGCCCAAAAAGCGACCGAGCGCUUGUUUUUAUGGUAUGUUCCAGAAAUUGGUGACUUGUCACGUCUGUACGGUUCCAUCUGUUCGGCCGGCGCAUUUCCACCGAUCACCGAGCAGUGUUCGAGUCGUACUACGUUGUACGUCGGUUGUAGCAUACACAAGUGCUGUCAUUCGUGUGACGAGUGCGUCGCCAAGUGA